ACCGGGGGAUUUUUCAGUUUGGUUCCCGCUACAAGACAAACAAACCCCCGAAAUCUCACCUCUUGCUACAUAAUACUAUAUGUAUCUAUACAUUAUAAUAAUAUCUCUGUACUCGUUGCUUGUAACAAGAGGAGAUGACGACUUGCGUAUGCUGUAGGCCUAUGACUCGACCUAAACCGCUUUACUUCUCGAGCUCUUUAUCCACGACCAGACUGGUGACGGCCUUUCCCGUUGUCCUUCAUUCCGCAUCCGCCAGCUCUAGGGUUUCACUUGUGAGAGCCUCCGUCGUCGAUUCAUAUGAAAGCUCUUCCGAUUUCGUUAAGCGCAUGGAACAAGCCUGGCUAAUCUCUCAGCAACCGAGGCCUGUUGCAUGUUCUUCUUGCAACUCAAAGGGGUAUGUUGAAUGCAAAUGGUGUGGCGGUACAGGCUUCUUUAUCCUCGGUGAUAACAUACUCUGCCAAGUCCCAUCUAGGAACACAAGCUGUGUAAUUUGUGCCGGAAAGGGGUCAAUGUUCUGUUCCAAUUGCAAGGGAACUGGUUUCCGAGCCAAGUGGUUGGGAGAGCCACCGAUUUCCAAGUAGCAAAAGAGUUUUUUGGUGCUGUAAAGUCAGAAGUAAAAACCGUACAGGUCUUUGAAGCAACAUCUCAUUAAGUUUGAUUUAUUCUCCAUUUAUUUUGUGGAAAAUAUGGUCAAGUGUUUGAAUAGUCAUAGAUCUUUUAAUCCGGGAGUACAGAUCGGACUUUGCAUUAUUUUUGUUGUAGAUUUGAAAAAUCACAUCAUUAUACGUGAAAACAUUAACAUGUAGUGAAUUCUUGAAACAAAGGUACAUUGAUUGCUUUCCCAGGUCUAAAAUAUGUUUGUAGUA